AUGGGACACCACCUCACUUAUACUGUAGACAUGUUUGCAAAUGUCUCCAUCACAUUUGGAGUUGGUAUAGCUUGCAAUAAGGGUGGAACUCCUGGAUUCCCAUUUGCAAAUGGGCAAAAGCUUGAGGAAGCCCUCAAAAUGGUCCAGGAAGGUGUUACCUGCUGCCACACUGAUGACUGUGGCUCCCUCAAAUGGCCUGGCCUUAACUAUGUUCUGCUCAACACAUCUGCCCUCAUGCCUUUCAUUCUCCCAACUGACACUUCCAAGUCAUUGCAUGGUUUCCACCAUCCUCAACUGGCACAUCUCUUGUGUCUGCACAAGUACAUUUCUGAAUUUGACCAGAAUUCAAACCAAUACAUAGACCAUGUCUUGAAUGGGGACCUCAUUUUCAAAGUCUGGCCACUACUGUCAUUCCUAUAUGACCAAACAAAGCCUUAUAAUCCAGACAACAUCCAAGAUGGUCUCUUCCAUGGCCAUGUGUUAUUUUAUAAACACAUCUUCUGUGGUCACUCGACUGCUGUGGGCACCUCCAUGAUCACAACAAAACCAUCCAAGAACAAGAUCCACAGUAUCAAAGAAGUUUCAGAAUUCACAAUUGCUUAUGCAGUGGUAAUGGCAUACUUUACUUUAUCAUCAGAGGAUAUGUUCAGGAAGGCAGAGGAGACCAAUCCAUGGGUGAAGGAAUCUUUGGCCUGGCAGAUUUAUGGCAAUAAUUCUUCCAAAGACUUGAAUGGUAAUUUGGAUUCUGAGGAGGAAUGGCAAGCCAUCAUUGCACAGUGCACUGCUCAUCACUGGCUCAACCAAGUCAACUCUGCAUCCAUUGAUCCUGUGUUGAGAAGGGCUUCAGCCACCACAAGCACCUCCUCUGUGCAUAACAGAAUUUGGGCCAUGACCACUGUCUCCUCUGGCAUUGCCCUCUCCUCUGUGCAUAACAGAACACAGACUGCGACCACCAUCAACACCAACAGCACCUUCUCCUCAGCACAUAACAGAAUGCAGACCAUGACCACCAUCAACACCAACAGUGCCUUCUCCUCUGUGCACAACAAAACACACCUUGCCCCAUUGCCCCUCUCCAGUCCUGAGCCCAAGGCUUGUCCUCCUGCCCACACCACCACUUCUCAUGGGGGACCAAAAUGA